AUGCAACUCUCCCGCCGGGCGCUCUCAGUCGCCACCGGAGCCGCCUUUGUGGUGGACGUUGUCGUUGCUGGGAGCAUCUACUAUGUCGGCACCCACAGCAAAAAGGAUGCGAAUGUGGAUGAGUACGAGUCGGUGACGUCGGACAUCUUGACGUGCUGCCUCGUCCGAAUUUUCGUGUUUCCCUUGAUGGCCGGGCUUUCCUUCCUGGUCUACAAGCGCACGGAGGCCAGCUCCCCGCUUCAGCAGUUUCGGCAGGCCCAGGAAUCUGCACGAGAAGUUGUGAGCAACGGGACAAACGGUGAUCUACGAGUGCCUUUAGCAGAGGUGCCCAUGCAGGCUGUGAAUGGCUCUGCCGGAUCUUCUAUUGUCUCCACCUCCAGCUGUGAGAAGAGUGCUUUCGAGAUGAACCGCGACCAUGCGCUGCUUAUGAAGCGGGCAGAUCGCAGGAAGGAGAUCAUCAUGCUAGUGCUUUUUGCAAUCAGCACAGGCAUGUCAUUCUACAAUGGUAUCAAAUGCAUCGUGUACCACUACGACCCGCGGUUCUUGGCCUUGCAGGGCACGCUGCAAGCUUUGACUAUGGUCAUGAUCAAUGUAGAGUACUUCAUGCUGAAAAACCUGCUCAACAAAUUUACCGAGGAACAAGGGGAGCUCAUCCCGCAUAUCCACAUGCACCCGCUCUUCUUCGAGACGGGUCUGAAGUGCCAUGGAUGUGACGUCUGCGGUGACCAAAUGAAGGGUCCGCAUUACAUCGCAUACAGAUGCAGAACGUGCGACUUCGACCUCUGUCCACGGUGUUACAAACAGAAAGACAAGCACAGCGCAAAAGGAUUUGGUGCACGUUCAGUGCGCCGAGAUGGAGAGCAAAUCACGACAUGGACAUACUUCAAGCGCAUAGUGCAGCUCUCCAUGGAAUUUUGGCCUACGCUGGUGGCAGCCGUCACCUGUUUGGUCGUCACGCAGGGAUUGCAAAUCUUUGCUCCGAAUGUGCAAGGGUCGAUCUUCGAUGGUAUCCUUGCAUAUCUGAAGAACCCCGAGAAUGGAAGAUCAAAGUUUGAGUAUGCCAUGCUCACCUAUGUCAUCAUCAACGUUUUGCAGGGAUGCUUCAGUGGCUUGAAAGCUCUUGCACAAGAAUUGGUGCAGAGGCGCAUGGCCUGUUCCGUUCGUUUGAAGCUCUUCGCAAGUGUGGUUCGCAUGGAUAUCUCUUUCUUCGAUACUAUGCACACUGGUCAGCUGACAUCCCGCCUGACGAAUGAUGCCAGCACCUGGAUCAGCGGUUCAGCGAUGCCUUGGUCUAAUUCGGGUUUGCUUUCCCGAUUGCUUCUGGGGUGGUUUGAGCAUUCGGUUUCCCUGUCUCGUCUGGCUCCAGACAAUCCUGAUGUGAAGCAAUGA